CCAGAGACGGGGAGUAAGAAGGUGCCGUGAGGCCGAGCCUUCCGGUGCCCCCCUUUCCAGCCAGCGCCCCGACCGAGCGGGGGGCGGUCGGGGGGAAAGCACCGCCCUGCCGCAGCCGGUUCUCAUCUCCCAGCCGGUGCGGCGCGGGGAGGACACGGCGCCUCCCAGGGCCGCUCUGGCUGUGGGGUGCCGAGAGGGGCCCGGGGCGCGGCCACCGGGACUACAGCUCCCAGCGGGCCGCGCGCCCCAGCCCCUCACACCGCCCCUGACUAAGAUGGCCGCUGCCUGCCGCGUCCCCUCUAGCCCGCGCCGGCCCUGACUCGGUGCUCCCUGGCGGCUCGCCUCCGCCGCGACGCCGCUGCUUGGCGGACCUCCCGGAGCGGCGGCCCGGCAGGGGGCGCGCUGCAGCCGGGCGGCGGGAUGGAGGCGCUGCUGGGCUGGCCGUUCGAGGAUUCCCUCUUCGCCCCGAGCCGGGAGCGGGGCCCGGGGGCCGCGGCCGGAACCGGGACGGGGACGGCGACCGGGGCCGGGACCGGGGCCGGGACCGGGGCCGGGCCGCCCUGCGGCGCGAAGCACUGCGAGCCUUGCUGGUUUCUCAGCGAGGCGGACGGCGGGGAAGGCGCCGACGGGCUAACGGUCAGCAAGUUCCGGGCGGACUGGGCCUACCGGCAGCGGGAGUUUGAGAAAUCCCUGUGUGAAUACACAAACUGCUUACUACUCUUACCUCCCAGUAACAUUGCAAUGAGACGAGAUGUCCAAGAGGGCCAGGCUCGGUGUUUAUAUCGCUUAGGAAGGCACAAGGAGGCUCUGGAUAUUGCAGAAAAAAUGAGAAACGGCGCUACUAACACGGAUCACUUAACAACGGUUCUCAACCUGCAGUUUGCCAUUUACAAGAGUCUGGAAAAUGUAGAAAAAAAGAUCACGUGUCUGCAGCAACUGAUCUGCUUACAUCCUUUCAACCCUUGGUACUGGAAGUUACUUGCUGAACUUUAUAUGAGCCUAUUACAGAAUUUGUCUCCAUUAGUCAUUCCAGAAACAAAUCUGAAUCAGCCUGAAGAGGUUAGUGUAAGUGAUAGUAGUUUCAAAAUAUCAACUGGAAGAGAGACUAAUUUGCAGCCUCACAGAUCAGAUGGCCAGAAAGAAGGCCCUUGGUCCAGCCUUGCUACAGAAGCAGAGAGGGAGAUUGCAGUGACUUGUAGUGGCAGUCAAGCUGUAAAAGAAUUCCUCUGCACUUGGGAAGAUCCAGAAAGGACGGACGAAAUGAAAUGCACAGCCUCCGAGCCCUGGGAGCAGAACAUGUCAAAGAAGGUUGGGAUAAAGGCGUGUGCCUCGUUUAUUAGGGCAAGGCUUUUACUUCAGCUUACCCAGUUGCAACAGUCAUCCUUUGCACUAGAGAAUAACAUAAAAAGUCAAGAAGAAAUUGCUGACAAAGUGGCACAACUUGGUUUCAGCGAGAGCUCCUUGCUGUUGAUGACCAAGGUUAUGGGGCAGGAUCUCAUACCAGAAAAACUAAAAGAGGAAUUUCAGGGUGAGGUAAAAUGCAUAGGCCCUUCAGUGCUGUCAUCAUUGGUAACUGCAUCAGCCACAGAAUUUGAAACCAAAUGGUUUGGUAAUCUUCAAGAUGAUUUAUGUCACUUUGGCAGACAAUUUUAUUCAGAUAUAUGUCUCCCACCUUCGGUUACUUAAAGGUUUGGUUGUAUUUAUUCUCAUAUCUCAAAAUGGUUAUGGAAUGAUAUAUACAAUAAAGUUCAUAUUACAUUUUUAAA